ACUCACAGACUGUAAAUUUACGCAGUUCUUGACGCGGUUCGCGACUGUUUCGUCGUGUGUUGAGGUGUGUGAGGGUGUGGGUGGUCGUAUGAAUAAAUGGGUUGCAUCACAUAUUUUUAAGCGAAAUCGCUCGCGCAUCCCGUUUUUCCCUGCGCUAUAGAAGUUUUGCGAGGACAUCUGGCCGGUGUCAUGACCAGCUCUUACAAACUGGUACUGGCUCUGGUGCUACUGGCAGCAGGAUCUGUCAGUGGGCACAGGCUUCACACCCAUGGAGAGCCUGGCAGUAGCAAUGCAGGCUCACAGACAGUUGAGCUGCAUAUGCCACCAUACCAACCAAUGCAGAACGACGCCUACGUGUGCGCCGGCAUGUCGGUAUCCCAACUGACGGGCACCGACGGCGUCGUCUGGGUGACGCAGUACCGGGCGCUCUCCGACGCGGACACGGCCCACCACAUGCUGUUGUUCCAGUGCGAGGGCCUGACGGACGAGCAGGAGCAGGCUGGCAUGUGGGAGUGCGGCCACCACGGCGUCUGCAAGAACAGUCAGGUGAUGUACGCUUGGGCCAAGAACGCGCCGCCCACCAAGCUGCCGGACAACGUGGGCUUCAAAAUCGGCGGCAACACCGGUCACACGUACCUAGUGCUGCAGAUUCAUUACGCACAUCCGCUGCCCAAACCGGACACGAGCGGCGUAGAGCUGACCAUCUCGGAGCAGAAGCAGAAGUACCAGGCGGGCAUCUACCUGCUGCUGGACGGCACGGCCAUCAUCCCGCCCAACACGCCCGUGACCCACGCCGACGUCAACUGCCGCUUCGAGGGCAAGCAUACGCUGCACGCCUUCGCGUUCCGCGUGCACGCCCACAAGCUGGGCAAGGUCAUCACUGGCUACCGCUACAAUACGCAGAACCAGACGCUGGUGGAGAUGGCACGAGGCAACCCGCAGUGGCCGCAGGCGUUCUACCCGAUGCGCCGCGUGGUCGACAUCCACCCGAACGACCUGGUGCACGCGCGCUGCACGUUCGACUCGACCGGCCGGAACCGCACCACUCGCAUCGGCUCCACGUCGGCAGACGAGAUGUGCAACCUGUACGUCAUGUACUACACGGACGCGGCGCACGGCCGCUCGGCGUUCGCCUGCUUUGGCGAGAACAUCAAGGUGCUCACGGCCGCCCUGCCGGCCAACAGCGACCAGCCGCUGCCGCCCAACCCGUUGCUCGAGGAGCACGCCAAGCACGCGCACAAGGAGGACAUGAAGGACCCGCUGCACUACCACACGGGGCCAUCUGACGGCGCCGGCCCCGACAACGCUGCCCAGCCGGUCGUUGGCACCGUCGUCGAUCCCAGCGCGUACGAGCAGCCGCGCCGCGCCAAGGCGCUCGGAGGCGUGGAGUUCGUCCACAACUGGGGCGGCUCGGCGCACUCGUUCGGCCAGGCAGUGGCCGUGUCGGUGGACGGUGCCGGCAACGUCGUCGUCUUUCACCGGGCGUCGCGGCCGUGGUCGGGCGACACGUUCGUCGGCAACCGACUGCGCGACACCAGCUCGCCCAUCCCCGAGAACACGAUCGUCUAUCUGCGCAACGACACGGGCGAGAUAGUCUUCCAGAUGGGCGCGCGCUUCUUCUACGUGCCGCACGGACUGACCGUCGACCACGAGGACAACGUGUGGUGCACCGACGUGGGCAUGCACCAGGUGUUCAAGUUCGGCGCGCGCGGCGGUGACGGCACGCCGCUGAUGACGCUAGGCACCAAGUUCGAGCCGGGCAGCGACGACACCCACUUCUGCAAGCCCACCGCCGUGGCGGUCAUGCGCGACGGCUCAUUCUUCGUGUCCGACGGCUACUGCAACACGCGCGUGCUCAAGUACGCGCCCGGCGGCGGCCGGCCCAUCAAGAGCGUCGGCCGCGCCUCAAGUACGUUCGCUAUAUUCGGCUCGCUGCUGGGCAGGGCGCCGGCGCUGGACGAGUUCAACAUCCCGCACUCGCUGACGCUGGUGGAGGACCGCAACCUGGUGUGCGCUGCCGACCGGGAGAACGGCCGUGUCGUCUGCUUCCGUGCCUCGGACCUCAGCAAGACCGACGUGAGCGUCACGUGGCAGCGCUCGCGCAUCUACGCACUGGCCUACUCUGCGCGCGACGGCGGCGCCCUCUACGUGGUCAACGGCCCCAACUAUGCCAAUAACAAGGUCCAGGGGUACGUCGUGAGCGUGGAUUCCAAGGGCGUCACGUCCACGUUCAGUCCGGACGACAAGGGCCUCUCUAACCCGCACGACGUGGCCACCUCGCACGACGGCUCGGCCGUGUACGUGGUCGAGCUCUCGCCGCCCAAAGUCUGGAAAUUCGUGGCCAGUGGAGCCCAUAGCGCCCAGAAAAAGAAUCUAAAAACCGGAGGGAGCAGCUCGGCCGGCAACGGCCUGCAUGAAGACCCGACGGUGGAGUUCGUGAAGUCGCCGCAGGGCAGCAGCACCACUGGACCGGCCCUCUCCGGUCACGCCAAGAUGGUGAUGGGCGCGCUGUUCGCCGUGCCGGUCGUGCUGUUCGCUGUCAUCAUGGCCGCUAUUCGGCUGAGGAAGCGGGGCCAGCGGCGGCGUUUCCUGCUGCACAAUCUGAACGGCGGAGCCGGCCACCGAAAGUCAAUGAACUCGCUGCUCGGCUCCAAGUCGCGGGGGGGCUUCGAGCCGCUGAGCACCGAGGACCUGGACGAGGACAGCGACAGCGACGUCGAGGAGUUCAUCGCCAAGAUCAAGUCGCGCACGUGAAAAGUCGUGUCUUGUCGCCCCCUUUCACGUGCGUCCAGUCGCGCACGCGUGUUAGGGCGGCUGCGGACGUGUGUGACGUGUCGCUGGUGUGUCGCAGAUUGGUGCUCUCUGUGGUUGCGGAUGGCAGACAACGGAUACCCUGGGGAGGGCGAGGACGGCGCUGCGCGUUCCUGCCCGGAGGAGAUGUUGAGAGGGGCGAGGGCGUAUCGCCAUGGACCCACUAUUUAUUUGGGGGCUCGCUUCUGAAGGUGUGACCCUUCGCGCUCGCUGCCGUGUGCCUGCUGACUGGCGAGGCAAGAGCACGGCGGCUGACUUCAAGCUUGCGACCGACAAUACGGUGCUGUGUCGGCCUCCGCUUCGACGCGAUCUACAAGGAUUGUCCUGCAUGUAGAACACUUGCUGUAUUGUGCGGGGUCCGUGGCAAAUGCCGGUGUUUGCUGGUGACGGGCGCUUUGUCGCACGCAACAGGAGGCGGCGCUCCCUCGGCCAGCAUCGUUACCCAGUUUGCACUGGGUCACGCGGAGGUUGUUAUCUGUUGAGAGUAAGCUUGCUAAAUUCUUCCAGUUUCCUACGUAUCGAAGCAGCUUGGUUGGUGCACCACGUGGAGUAACUCUUGUGUUUUUAUAACUUUUUUCAACACUUCUAUGGAGCUAACCGCCUGUGUCGUUCUGACAAUGUCGCCACUUUUGGUCCACUUUAUUUCACUGCGGCGGAGUGAUGGGCUGGCCGCUGGGCGACCCGGUGGGUUGACGUGUUUGCUCGGAUCUGUAGUGAAGAGCCUGCUGGUGAUGAUGUGUCACAAACUUUUCAGGAACAGGGCGUGAGGCACGCUUGAGUGUGUAUGAGGCAGUGUUUGAGUGGUCGCCAUUCCCGGGUUUUACCUCUCGAGACUGUCUGCUGAACUGAGCUGUUCGACAGCUCUUCUUCGUGUGAGUGCGUGCGUGCGUGCGUGCGUGCGUGCGUGCGUGCGUGCGUGCGUGCGUGCGUGCGUGCGUGCGUGCGUGCGUGCGUGCGUGCGUGUGUGUGUGUGUGUGUGUGUGUGUGUGUGUGUGUGGACCUUGGCUCUUCCAGCCGGCCGAGUAGCACGAACGUAAUGGUCACUGAUCUGCAAAAAUGUGUGUUGCGUUAGUUGAGCGUGCCGUUGAUGUUUGCUAAACAGUCGGGAGCGUGGUGUUGGCUUUUGUGAAUGCUUCGGAACUGUGCUUAUUGGAGUUUGGACUGCAUAUAUCAACCCGUGUGCUGUUCGUGCGUGCUCCUUACUUUAUGGCAGAUCUGCAUUUGGUCUUCCGUCUGGUAUUCGUGUGCAAUUCAUCACAGAUCUGCUACGACGCCUGAUUUCGAAUCUCAUCUGUCUCCAGCUCUUUGCGGGAUUGUUUGCACGAUGGGGUACAAUGUUUCUGCGUGCUGCGUUCUUACGCGAGCUUGCGCUUGUAUCGGAGCGUCGUAAUCAGUGCUCCAUUCUACUUACAGCUGCGUCACGUAUUUGUGGGCUUUCUGUUGUUCGAUUUAGAUGAACAAAUGCGUGAUGUCACAGUUGACCCUAGCUGGCAGCAUUUUAUUAUAUCGAGUCUUGUAGCUGGCAGUGUUCCCGUGCGGUCGAUCUUGUCGCCGUAGCGUUUGAGAGCCCAGCGGCCCGAGGCAUCACCCUGUCCUCCACAUCGUUUGAGAGCCCAGCGGCCCGAGGCACCACCCUGUCCUCCACAUCGUUUGAGAGCCCAGCGGCCCGAGGCACCAUCCUGUCCUCCACAUCGUUUGAGGGCCCAGCGGCUCGAGGCACCACCGUCCUCCCAUCGUUCAUAUUGGAUGAUCUGUUGCCACCCCAGCGGCGACACGUUCCGCACUAGGACCGCUGUCACCGUCUCGUGCGGCCACCGCCCUCUGGCCGGACGAGCGGGCAGCCCACCUGCUGUAUGGCUCGCCCUGUCCUCCGCACGGCCGUCAGGCCGCCCCCGCCCCGCCUCGUUAGGUGCAGCCAGUGCACCGGCGCGUGGUCCACAUUCCCGUGCAAUGUAUGUGUGGGGACGCCUUGCCGGCCGCUGCGGCUGUGCAGAACGGACGGCGACGACCGUUCCGUUCACGCCGCUGACCGUGACCCGUGCCGGCCGUGAGUCAACCGGUGGCGAUGUUGCGUGCAGUGACGAGAGCUACGUGUAUUUAUUGACCGUUUGUUCUUUUGCAGGCGUUCGCACAAUGUGAUAGAGUGAUGUAUAUUUUGUACAUGGUUAGGUCGGUGAAGGUCAAUAAGGUCAAUAAACCCGGGACAGAGA